AAAAAACAAAACAUCAAAGAGGCAUCAAACGACAAAAUAAACAAAAAAUAAUUUAAAAUUUUAUAAAAUAAUAAAAAAAAAGUUGUUAGCAGGAAUAGAUCAAAAAUCGAGAAAAAUGUCGUUAUUUUUCUUCCGGUUGCACAAUCUGCAGCGCGAAGAGGCAAACAAAAAGAAAAAGCGGGACCAAGCGAACAAGCAACGCCAACGACGCGGCGCCAAAGUCUUCAAAUCCGUCGACUGCAACUCGAGCUUCAGUCAUUUGACGCUCGCACCAUCGCGAUUAUUCGAAAAGACCCCGAUGAAUCCGUCGGACAGUCUCGACGAAAUUGCGUUACAGAUUCCAAGAGUACGGGUAGAAUACUAUGUAAAUGAAAAUACAUUUAAAGAAAGACUGCAACUUUAUUUUAUAAAAAAUCAAAGAUCAAGCUUGCGAAUUCGUAUCGCUAAUCUACUAUUCAAAUUGAUCACAUGCGGACUGUACAUAUUUCGAGUGGUUACUGAUUUGGAUCCUAUUGAAGCCACAUGUUUUGGCUGCACCGUCGGAAACAAAUCGGAAUUUUUACGAUCGGCACGACUCACGGAAGAGGAAUUUCAGGAAAAUCCGAUCAUCAAUUGGGACGCGAUUUUGUGGGUGAAUCGACCGACGGCGUUAUGGGCGAUUCAAUUAAUUUUGGCACUAAUAUCAUUAACGGAAGCAUUAUUGGUUGCUUAUUUAGGGUAUAAGGGUAACAUUUGGCAACAAAUUCUAUCAUUUCAUUUUAUACUAGAGUUAGUUACAACAAUACCAUUCACAUUUACGAUAUUAUGGCCACCACUGAGGCAUCUUUUCAUUCCGGUGUUCUUAAAUUGCUGGCUUGCCAAGAGAUCUUUGGAGAAUAUGUUCAACGACCUCCAUCGAGCGAUGCAAAAGUCUCAGUCAGCGCUGUCGCAACAACUAACGAUACUAUCGGCAACGCUUUUGUGUCUCGUGUUUACCAGCGUUUGCGGCAUUCAGCACUUCCAACGUGCCGGGCAUCGUCACCUAAAUCUCUUUCAGAGCACUUAUUACGUCGUCGUGACCUUCUCGACUGUGGGCUACGGCGAUUUUGUUCCUGAUAUUUGGCCGUCGCAGCUCUACAUGGUCAUCAUGAUAUGCGUCGCGCUCAUUGUGCUGCCCACGCAAUUCGAGCAACUUGCGUUUACGUGGAUGGAACGUCAGAAACUCGGCGGCAGUUAUUCGUCGCAUCGGGCGCAAAGCGAAAAACAUGUCGUCGUGUGUGCAACGACGCUGCAUGCCGACACCAUAAUGGACUUUUUGAAUGAAUUUUAUGCGCAUCCGUUGCUGCAGGACUUUUACGUUGUGCUCCUGAGUCCCAUGGAACUCGAUACGACGAUGCGGAUGAUUUUGCAGGUGCCGAUUUGGGCGCAGCGCGUAAUUUACAUUCAGGGCUCGUGUCUGAAGGAUGGCGACUUGGCACGGGCUCGCAUGGCAGAAGCGGAGGCAUGUUUUGUGCUCGCGGCACGAAAUUACGCCGAUAAAACGGCAGCUGACGAACACACGAUUUUGCGGUCGUGGGCCGUGAAGGAUUUUGCACCGAACGUUCCGCAAUACGUGCAAAUUUUCAGACCCGAACACAAGCUGCAUGUGAAAUUUGCGGAACAUGUCGUAUGCGAAGAUGAGUUUAAGUAUGCAUUGUUAGCUAACAAUUGCACUUGUCCCGGUGCGAGUACACUUGUCACACUGUUGUUACAUACAUCAAGAGGGCAAGAAGGACAACAAUCGGCCGAGGAAUGGCACCGACUCUAUGGGAAGUGUUCCGGCAACGAAAUUUACCACAUUGUGCUUGGCGACAGUCGCUUUUUCGGCGAAUACGAGGGAAAGAGUUUCACCUACGCCAGUUUUCAUUCGCAUCGGAAAUACGGCGUUGCUCUUGUUGGCGUUCGUCCGGCAGAGUUGCCCGAAUUUUACGAAGACACGAUCCUGCUGAAUCCCGGACCAAGACAUAUCAUGAAGAAGGACGACACGUGUUACUACAUGAGCAUCACGAAAGAGGAAAAUUCGGCAUUUGUCGUGAAUCAAAACCAAAAUCUCGUGACGGGCGGCACUGCAGGCGGUGGCGUUGUCGGCGGUGCGCUCAGCAGUAGCAGCGAGCCACAUAAAGAAGGAGUCACAAGUGAGAAUCCAGUAAUGGCCCCUGUGCCGUCUGUGUGUGUUCGUGUACCUCAUAGUCCGAGCCUCGAUUCGGAUAAGCAAUCCGAUAGUCCUGGCAGUCCGCCGGCGACAAGAGACAAGAAAUACCAACUGGAUACGAAUACGACAGAAUUUGCAACUUUAGCCGUGCCUACAUUUGGUGAAUCAAUUACACCAAAUACAAUUCAAACCUCAGACUCGAAGCCGAACCUGAAGGAAAGCGUUGAUCGGUUCAGCAGUACAGGAAGUGCAAGCAACACGACGCCCGGAUCUCUGGGACCCUCGCAAAUGAGCACGCCCGGUAAUCACUUGGAAAUUCCAUCAAACAACAAUCCGAAUUUGCUGUGUGUGGAUAUGCUGAACCAAAGGAGGGGAAGUAGACGACCAUCAAUAUUACCGGUGCCCGACAUGAUAACGUCAAGUAUGAUUAGCUUUGGUAACGACGACGGCAUUGACGGAGAGGAAAACGAAAGUGACGACGAACUCGAAGACGAUGUCCCAUGGAGAUCACCUUCCGAGAAAAUUGCCAUUGGAAGCGAUGAAUUUUCCCACAUACCUUCUUACUCACUCGUUAUAAGUGCGACAGACGAUUCAAAUCAUAGUUAUAGCUCUACAUCUGAUAGUAACUGUAACAAUAAUAAAGAUAAACGUCGUACAACUUGUUCCCCUGCAUGGCAUGCUGACUGUUCCCGUAUUGUGAAAGGAUUUCCUCCAGUGUCGCCGUUUAUUGGUGUGAGUCCGACCCUUUGUUACUUGCUGAAGGAGAAGAAACCAUUAUGUUGCUUACAACUUGCUCAGGUGUGUGAACACUGUAGUUACCGCAAUGCAAAGGAAUACAACUGGCAAAAUAAGACAAUAAUAUUAGCAGCUGAUUUUGCAUCAAAUGGCAUCUAUAAUUUCCUCAUUCCACUACGUGCCCAUUUCAAAUCGAAAACGUCGCUAAAUCCGAUUAUUUUGUUGUUGGAACGCAGGCCUGAUAUUGCAUUUUUAGAUGCAAUUUCGUAUUUUCCAUUGGUUUACUGGAUGCUUGGCUCAAUCGAUUGCCUCGACGACUUACUACGUGCCGGCAUAACGUUAGCUGAAAAUGUUGUUGUUGUUAACAAAGAGCUGUCCAAUUCGGCGGAGGAGGAUAGUUUAUCAGACUGUAAUACAAUUGUUAGUGUACAGAAUAUGUUUAAGUUUUUCCCAAGUAUUAAAAGCAUCACCGAGUUAUCGCAGAGCUCCAAUAUGCGUUUUAUGCAAUUUCGAGCUCAUGACAAGUAUGCAUUACAUUUAAGUAAAAUGGAAAAGCGGGAGAAGGAACGUGGAUCUCAUAUUUCGUACAUGUUCCGAUUGCCAUUCGCUGCUGGCUCAGUAUUCAGUGCAUCGAUGUUGGAUACGUUGUUGUACCAGGCAUUCGUGAAGGAUUAUGUGAUUACGUUUGUGCGACUUUUGCUGGGCAUUGAUCAGGCGCCGGGCAGUGGAUUUCUCACUUCGAUGAAAAUAACGAAAGACGACAUGUGGAUCCGCACGUAUGGCCGUUUGUACCAAAAAUUAUGUUCGACAUCUUGCGAAAUACCGAUCGGAAUUUAUCGCACCCAAGACACAUCAAACUCAGAUGCCACACACUAUGAAGAGGGCGUUCAAGAGUGCAGCAAAGAAGGAAAUGGUAACGGUAAUAAUAAUGGGGGUGGUGGGUUACGAACUGUGACUUAUCGUCCGCCAGCGCAUCACAAAUCAACCACGUGUUUGGGAAGUUGCUCUGAUCGACGUGGGUCAGCUUACUCGAUCAACAUGGGUGACGAGGCGCGCGACAAUCAUGCCCAACAAAUCGAACGUGCUGAGAUAGCGAAUUUGGUGCGAAGUCGCAUGGAAUCGCUAAAUCUGCCCACGAUAGAUUAUGAUGAUGUCAGUGAGAAACGCAAUUCGUUGUCAUACGUCAUCAUAAAUCCAUCGUGCGAUUUGAAGCUUGAGGAAGGAGAUAUCAUAUAUCUCGUGCGACCAUCACCCUUCUCCGCGCAAAAAACCUUCGAGCGACACAAUUCACGACGCAAGUCCAACAUCUCCUUCUGUUCGAACAUAAAUUUGGCGGCAGCAGCUGCAGCUGGGUCCCGACGCGGAAGCGGCAUCGGCAUCAAUGCGAUGGGCAGCCAGCAAAAUGUGACUUUCGGUACGCCUCGCGCACCGCCAUUAGCUGGACAAAAUAAGUCAAAUUCAUUAUCACUUCCAGACAGUCCAAAUCAGCUGGGACAGGCGAGGGGGCGAUCGAAUUCGCUGAGAAUCGACAAUGACAUCCUGCUGCGACGCUCCAACUCGCUGCGUCAAGGUCUCCCGAACAUCGGGCAAUCGGGUCGUCGCAAAUCCUCGCUCGAAGAAAUCGGCAUCAGUCACUUUACGACGCUCAUGCAGGCGACAAAUCACUCGAAUCCGAUAAAAAUCGCCCUCAAUGGCAGCAUCGGACUCGAAGUGACGCCGCCCGAAGAACCAACUGCCUCCUUUUUGGGCGUUCCGAGUGCAAGUAGUGCCAAUAUUUCGCCGCAACGCACCGGCUCGCUGCACGCGCUCAAUCAGCAGCAACAGCACGACAUGAAUUCGCCUGCGAUCCAGAUUCAACAGGAAACGCCGUCGCCAACGUCGCCGCAACCGCCAGCGCAUCACCAGAACUUGCAGGGAACAAUUGUCUGAUAUAACCUAAUGUGGGGUCGUAGGCUCCGCUCAUCCACUAGCACCGCAAAUAGAAAUGCCAACAAAUGGAUAUAACAUUCGCCCAAGUCACGGCUGUCAAACAAGUAUCUCGAUUAGAGGCGGCACGCGAUGUAGACACGACAGUUAGUGAGACAAAAAAAAAAUAGACAAAAUUUUACAAAAAAAAAACACUUUUUGCGACACGAAACGGUUUUCAACACAAACACACACAAAAAUUACGGAAUAAAGCCCUCAAAAAAUUGCACAUGUCAUUUUAUCGUUACUUUUAAAUAAAAAAGUUUAUCGUUAUAAGAGAAAAAUAUAUGAAAAAAAAAAUUAUAAAUAAAAAUCGUCAAAAUUGGUGAUUAACAGAGAAAUUUUUAGAGAAUAAAA